CUUGUCGCGCUUUCCAAGAGUACUGUAGACAUCACCAACUGCGCAACCCCUCGGCGGUUUCGCUGGAUCAAUGUCGCUUCUUUGAUUGACAAUCACCUUCAAAUCGUCGAGUCCGACCAGCCUACCAUUGACGACAUUCCCUAUGCAACAAUUCCAUACGUCUGGAGAGGGAAGGAACAUAUAUGCGAGCCCGGCUGUCUCGGUAUUUUCCAUGUCGUCGGCGCGAUGGACCCCGACACCGAUCCCAUCAGUAUCGACUUACUACGUACCGCCGCCUUCGCGGCCCGCGGCCUCGGUGCCGAGUACCUGUGGCUUGACCGGUUGUGUAUCAUGCAAGCAGACCGCGAUGAAAAAAACUGGCAGAUCAUGAAUAUGGGUGAUAUUUACAGAGCCUGCAAAACAUGUCUGGUUUUCGCUGGUGGCCUGCGGCGGCUGGUUGGAUUUGAGGAGGAAACCGACUGGAUCCAUAGAGUGUGGACUCUGCAGGAGGCAGUGGCACCACGUUCGGCGGAGUGCGUAUUCCGGUUUGAGCGGGUCCUCAUAGCCAUUGCAGCGGUCAGCGGUGACCCCACCGUCUACACGGUCGAGAGAGGACGCAGCGGCAGAAUGCCCUUGCGUUUCAUGUUGAUUGCUGCGGCAUUGGGUGCGGUCGAUCACCGGUACGAAGGGGAUGUCGAGACGGGCAGGUACCCCGUCAAUAUCUUCGGCGAAAACCCCACCGCCAAGCUCCUCGUCACCGCGCUCAUGGGUGUCUUUCGUUGCAGCAAAGAUGUCGAUGAGAGGGAGAAUUACAUGUGGCGCAGCGCGCUACUUCGGACAUCGAAACGGCAAGUCGACAUGGUCUUCAGCAUGAUGGGCCUCUUGGGGGUUAAACUAGAUCCCGGCGAAUAUAAAAACCGGGAGGAUGCCACGGUCGGCUUAACGCAAGCAAUUCUAGCCAAAGGGGGCCGCGCGAACUGGAUC